AUGGACCCCUCAUUGAACAAUCUUCUGAAAUGGAGUAUCGAGAAUACUCCCGCUGCCGGCGGCCAGGCAAAUGGAACCGAACCCGCAGCUACCAGACAACCCAUCGAUGCAGAGGCCCUUCAGCGCCUCCUGGCAAAUACCCCUUCUGACGCAGAACUCAUGAAGACAGCAAUGGCAGUUGUGCGUUCUUCCGAAAGCACAUUGGAGAAUAAGCUUAUCGCCUUCGACAACUUUGAGCAGUUGGUCGAGAACCUCGAUAAUGCGAACAAUAUGGAUCCGUUGGGCCUCUGGCCUCCGUUGGUGGAAACACUGAAGGACGAGGAGGCAGAAAUACGGAAAAUGGCUGCGUGGUGUGUUGGUACGGCCGUACAGAAUAACGAGAAAUCCCAGGAGAAGGCAUUGGAGGCCAAGGCUAUUCCAGAGUUAAUUCGAAUGGCCAGAGAAGAUAGCGACGUCAGUGUCCGCCGGAAAGCCAUAUAUGCCAUAUCUUCGUGUGUGCGGAACUAUCAGCCUGCUCUGGAUCAGCUGCGCGAGCACUUGCCAGCCGAAAUUGUGGGUCCUGAUGAGAAAGUCGACGCUGGUGAUAUGGGUAGGAUAGAUGCUAUAAUCUCCUACCUCAAGCAGGCUUGA